UACGUUCAUCGCUGAAGUUGGCUGCCACGUAGUUGGCAUUCCUGCAGUGAAUUUAUUUUAGGUGCUGUUUUUUAUGGAAAGGUUUAAACGAGCAUGCCAAUUUUGUGAGUUAGCCAGCUGUUGUCUAUCAAAAUGAUACUUUUUUCUAUUUGUUCGGUAUUGCCCUCACUGUUUGUGUUUGUCACUGGGGGGAAAUUGCCCGAGCCUGAAGUGAAUAUUGAAGUUAUACACAAACCCUUCAUGUGUUACCGUAAGUCAAAAUAUGGAGACAUGCUUCUUGUUCAUUACGACGGAUUCUUGGAGAGUAAUGGCACCAUUUUUCAUUCCAGCCGCAAAGAUGGGGAUAAAAAUCCAGUAUGGUUCACACUUGGGAUCCGAGAGGUGCUCAAGGGUUGGGAUAAGGGUCUGCAGAACAUGUGCACAGGAGAGCGCAGGAAACUGACCAUCCCACCAUCUCUGGCAUAUGGCAAGGAAGGAAAAGGUAAGAUCCCUCCAAGCAGUACCCUCAUUUUUGACAUUGAGCUCAUGGACAUCCAAAAUGGUCCCAGGUCACAUGAGUCUUUCCGGGAGAUGGAUCUCAAUGAUGACUGGAAGCUCUCCAGACAGGAGGUGAAAGAGUACCUGAAGAAAGAAUUUGAGAGACAUGGGUACUCGCCUAAUGACACACAUCAUGAAGUGAUGGUAGAUGACAUCUUCAAAAAUGAGGAUGAAGAUAAAGAUGGUUUUAUAUCUGCGAGGGAAUUCACCUACCAACACGAUGAGCUCUAAAGGACUGAUUAUUUUCUACUUUUUUAAACUACCAGUGUUCGUUUCAUGAAUUUCCUCCAAAAUAGUGACAUGAAUUGAGGAAUUGUGAAAUAGUUACCAGACAGUUUUACAUGGACCUCUCUCAGGGGGUUGUUUUUUUUACACUGCAUUUGAAAAGUACUGCCUUACUUUUGGUUGUCAAUUACAGCAGCUCCAUUUUGUGUAAUGUGAUUCAUCAUUAAUUUAUAUCUCCAUUCUACAUGCACUGAUAGUGUCACAACAGAUGUAUUUAGGCAGUUUUGGAUUUAUAAAAACUAAUUUCAUGAAAUAAACAAUGUUAUGUUAAUUAAUUUGUAUUAGCUUUACAAUUCAUGUUAAUGUGGCCUGCCUCAAUGAUUUUUAUCUGUGCAUGUCUUCAUUAAUCACCAGAGGGCACUCUUGUCCUAGACUUUUGUGUCAUACUUACAAAUCUUAAUCAAAU